UCACCCAACCACCUCUGGCAGCCACCCAGACAGACCCAAACCAGGCAGCACCCACAGGCUGCUCUGCUCCAAACAUGGGGGCGCAUUCGCCUGGCAGGCGGCAGGGGCGUGGGCCCUGUGAGAGCCCUCUCAGGCGACCGGAUUGAACCGGACUGGGCUGCCUGCGCUCCCUCUGUCCUGUUUUCCUGCCUCGGGCUGCAGUGCAGGCAGGCAGGAUCAGCUCCUCCGCUUCGCACGCAAGAUGCCCUGCGCUGCCGCCUCUGCUCUGCGCUGGGAGCAGUGUGAGUUCUCGGAGCAGGUUUCCCUAGGAUCACAGGAAUAAAUUCAGAAUUCGUUUCUGCAAAAAAAAGAGAGAAUUCUCUGAUGUCUGCUCGCAAUUUGCUGUUUCCACAAAAAUUGUUGGCAGUGACCAUGUUUGCUUGGAUCCUCACAAUUGUUUUGUUAAAUGAAGAGACCAAAGUGUGAAGCAAGCAACUGCUACUUACGGGGUCUGGAAGGAUAUUUUGCCGUUGCUAAAGGAGCAGACUUUUUGAACCUGCAUGGAGAAUGUCCCUUUUGAUACAAGAAGCAGCAAAGGAAAACUUAUGAUUGAAACCUUACAGGAACUUAAUUGCCGUUGUACUUUUAACCUUAAAUAGACCAUGGAGAAUUUUUUAUCUCUGCUCUGUUGUCAUUAUUCUUUACUGAUUUUUUUUCAGUGCAAAUAUCAGGUGUAUGGAAACUAUUCCCAGCUACCCAAACAUCCAGGGUUCAAAGUUCUUGCAUCGGCUUCGCAUUACUGGCCAUUGGAAGAUGUGGAUGGAAUUCAUGAAUUUCGGGAUACAAACGGAGCUCUAAGAAUCCACAACUUCACUGUGCUUCCUUCCCAUAACUCUACCUUUGUAUAUACCAAUGACUCUGCCUACUCUAACUUCUCUGCAACUGUAGACAUUAUAGAAGGAAUGGUGAACAAAGGAAUUUAUGUCACUGAAAAGAAAGGAGUGACUUUUCUCUUCUCUGGCAACUAUCACAAUUCCUGCAUUCAUAAUCCAGAAGUUUGUGGACCUGAAGGAGUAACAUUUUCCUUUUUCUGGAAAACUCAAGACCAGCAGGCUAAGUUUCUCCCUGCCUCUGGUGGAAGAGUAAUUUCCAGUGGUUUCAAAAUCUGUUCAAAUGAAGGUGAAGGCUCAGUGGAAUUUUACACACGUGGCAACGCAAUGAUGAAGUGGAAAGCAAGCUUUAGUCCACCAGGUCCUUACUGGACUCAUAUUCUCUUUACAUGGAAAUCAAGAGAAGGACUGAAAGUCUAUGUCAAUGGAACUCUAAACACAACUGAUCCAAAUGGGAAAGUUUUCUAUGAUUAUGGAGACCCCAGUGCAAAUCUUCUGACUGGGACAGAGGGGGAUCAAACCAAGCGCUAUGUGAAUGGGGCAUUUGAUGAAAUCAUUAUAUGGGAAAGGGCACUCACCCCCAGUGAAAUAGAGCAGUACUUUACAGCUGCUGUUGGUGUGCAAGUUCUUCUUUCUUCAACACUUCCGUGGUCUGUGAUGACAACCACUACAAAACCUGUGCUCUCUACAAAUGCCUACCGUCCCAUCAUAACUAAUUUGACUGAGGAGAGAGGGAAUUUCUUCUCCCCUUACACCAUGCUGAGCUACCUGGAGAACGUGUCUUUCAGCUUGCCUAACAAGCCCUUGUCAGAAAUUACUGCUCUAAGUCUGACAGAGGCAUUUUUAAAAGCUAUUGAAGACUUCCUGUUAUUUCCCGACUGGACUGAUGUGCCAGAGAGUGCUCACCUCUUUGGAAGUUUAGUUCAAACUAUUGACAGCGUUACAGCUCAUGUGGCACAAAAUCUGGAUGAAAAGUCAUUACCUUUAACUUUUGAUGGCAUCUCAUCUGUGGCAGAUUACACCUUGGUCAAAAUGCAUCCUCAGACUCUGAAUUUGUCUCACUAUCGAUUUCCAUCUCAAGGACGGAGUUAUAUUUCCAUCCCCAGUGAAGCUUUUCAUGGAAAAGAUUGGAUUACCAUUGUCGGCCUGCUUUACCAUAACAUGCAUCGUUUCUUUCAUAAUAUCCACCCUCUGGAUACCAAGAUCGCUGAAGCUGCUGCCUAUAAAGGUUACAUGAUCUCGGCAACCAGUUAUCUUAUCUCUAUCAAAGUGGAACCUCUACCCAGGCUGUCCUGCAAUCUGUCAGGAUCUCCUCUUAUCACUAUCCAGCUCACCCACAAAUUGACUCCCAGACAGUACAGCCAAGCACUAAAUAAGAGUAACAGAGUUCAUCUUUACUGUGCAUUUCUGGACUAUAGCAAUGGAACUGGCGUUUGGUCUAACGAAGGCUGCGUCCGUGAGAGCGGCGACCUCAACUACUCAGUGUGUCUUUGUAACCACCUCACCAACUUUGCCAUUCUGAUGCAAGUGGUACCUCUGAAGCUAACGAGAGAACACCAGGUGGCCCUCUCCUCCAUCACUUACAUCGGCUGUGCUCUGUCCAUCUUCUGCCUGACGAUCACUCUGGUCACAUUUGCUAUCCUGUCGUCUGUCAGCACAAUUCGCAACCAGCGCUAUCAUAUCCAUGCCAAUCUGUCCUUUGCUGUCUUGGUGGCUCAGAUCCUGCUUCUCACCAGCUUUCAGUUCAGCCUUGGAACGAUGCCUUGCAAGAUCUUGGCCGUUCUGCUUCAUUUUUUCUUCCUGAGUGCUUUUGCAUGGAUGCUGGUGGAAGGAUUUCAUCUUUACAGCAUGGUGAUCAAAGUAUUUGGGUCAGAAGAGAGCAAGCACUUAUAUUAUUAUGGAAUUGGAUGGGGCUGUCCACUUGUGAUUUGUGUAAUUUCUGCAACAUCCUCCCCAGGCAGCUAUGGAGAAAGUGGCAACUGCUGGCUUUCACUAGAGAACGGAGCAAUCUGGGCUUUUGUGGCACCGGCACUGUUUGUAAUCCUGGUCAAUAUUGGCAUCCUCAUUGCUGUCACGAGAGUUAUCUCAAGAAUCAGUGCAGACAACUAUAAGGUGCAUGGAGAUGCCAAUGCCUUCAAACUAACAGCUAAAGCUGUCGCUGUGCUCUUACCAAUCUUGGGAAGCUCAUGGAUCUUUGGGAUUUUGGCUGUCAAUGCCCAUGCAUUAGUUUUUCAGUAUAUAUUUGCUGUUUUCAAUUCACUACAGGGAUUUUUCAUGUUCCUGUUCCACUGUCUUCUGAAUUCAGAGUUACUACGUGACAGUUAAUGACUUUGCUGCAGCUGCCAUUUUGACCCCUGCUUGACAGUUAUUUUAUUUAAUAUAAAAAGAUCUAACCCCCCCCAAAAAAAAAGAUAAGGCAUCUGAAGACUGAGGAAAGAAGCACUCCUGAAGGCUGGGGGAGAUGAGCAGGCUAUGGGUUGUGCUGCUGUGAGAAGAUGCUUUGGUACUGGGAGCAGGAGUCAUUCUGGCAGUCCUCAUUGGAGAGCCUAUUGGCUCUGUUACAUCUGUAGUUCCAGAGAGGGAAAUAAAUACUAUUCUCAGCAAAGCAUACUUUUGGACGUUGCUCAUCCAAUCCCUAGUGGAAAACCAAACCAACUGGAACACAUUCUAGGUAUUUUUCUUGGCAGGAAGUGCAGGAUUUCAUAGUGGAUCAAGAGGCAUCUUUCUGCAUUAAGGCUGUCUCAGAGCAAUUGAGGUAAAGCCAAGGCAAGGCUGAUAUGCAUAGGGCUUGUGGAGAUCAUCUCUGCUGGGCCUGGAGCUUGCAGCAACCUCUCCCUUCAUGGCAGAUAGCAGAAAAUGCUCAGUAGUAUUUACUGCUGAUAACAAAAAUCGCUUAUGAAAACCAUUUCCAGCAUGCUGACAGGGGACACAGCUCAGUGUAUCCCCACAUGGGUUUGAUUCUCCCACAGCUGUUAAGUAGCUCUGACCCAUAGCCUGCUGCUUCUUCCUUUGCAAUAGCAGCACUCCAGUUUUCUGAGAAGACAUUCCUUAUUAAUAUUUGCCAACCUAACCAGUCUUAGAGCAUCAAUACAAUCUUUGCUACAAUCAGUUUAGAGAGUCAGGACUGACUCUGAAAUUCUUGAUCUUUAUUGAAAUGAACUGAAGUUAAGCAGGCAGGUUAAAGGUAAGGAGGGAAAAUAUUUCUUUAUUCUAUUUGCCCUCAGGCUCAGAAAGCUUUCUUCCCACUGUUGGGCUUCAAAUGUCUGCUAUCAAACACAGCUAUUUGAAUUGCUGCCAUUUUUCCAGGAGCCUCGUGAGAAAUUAAAUUCUGAAACUCUGCAGAAUUUGGAUCUUCAAAAAUCAGUUGGUGUAUAGCUAAUGUGAGCUGUCUUUUGAGGAGAGCAGGUCUUGGCUCCUCAUGCAUUCUGCAUAUCUAAAAUAUUUCCUCUGCUAACUGCAAGACUUCUUCCUGAGACUUUCAGUCUUACUAUAGAAGUGAAGCUCAGAUA